UUUCUUCUCUUCUUCACUCUUGCUUCCUCCUGCGGGUUCUUUUCUAGUUUCUUACUACUACCUCUAAUGGCGGACAAGCUAGCUCUUCCUCUUCUCCUUCCCUGUUCUCCUUCCUCUAAACCUUAUUCUCACGACCAAAACCACCAUCUCUCUCGGACGCCCUUUCUUACUACGUCACUUUCGUCACCACCUCCUCCGCCUGUAGAACCUCUCCUCCACGAUGUUUUCCUUCACCAGAACCCUAAUUCCAGACAACCCAUCAGCUCUCAAACAUCUAGAAACCGUAACCGGACUCGAAUUGGCAAGUCACGCGACCCUAACCUCGGGAAACCUUGGUCUUACCAUGGUCUUUCUCCACAAGGUCAGCAAGUUCUACGUUCCCUCAUCGAACCAAAUUUUGAUUCCGGUCAAUUAGAUGCUCUACUCUCUGAGCUAUUCGAGCCGUUUAAGGAUAAACCAGCCUCUACCUCGUCGGAGUUACUAGCUUUUCUUAAAGGAUUAGGAUUUCAUAAGAAAUUCGAUUUGGCUCUUUGUGCUUUUGAUUGGUUUAUGAAGCAAAAGGAUUAUCAAUCCAUGUUGGAUAACUCUGUUGUUGCUAUAGUUAUCAGUAUGCUAGGUAAAGAAGGUAGAGUAUCUUCCGCUGCAAAUUUGUUCAAUGGUUUGCAGGAAGACGGGUUUUCGCUUGAUGUUUACUCUUAUACUUCGUUGAUAUCAGCCUUUGCUAAUAGCGGAAGGUACAGAGAAGCUGUAAAUGUGUUCAAGAAGAUGGAGGAAGAAGGUUGUAAACCGACUUUGAUCACUUAUAAUGUUAUCUUGAAUGUAUUUGGGAAAAUGGGUACUCCUUGGAAUAAGAUUACGUCUCUAGUGGAGAAGAUGAAGAGUGACGGGAUUGCUCCAGAUGCGUAUACUUACAACACUCUUAUAACUUGUUGUAAACGAGGCUCUUUGCAUCAGGAAGCUGCUCAGGUUUUCGAAGAAAUGAAGGCUGCAGGGUUUAGUCAUGAUAAGGUUACUUACAAUGCGCUAUUAGAUGUUUAUGGAAAGUCCCAUCGGCCUAAGGAAGCUAUGAAGGUUUUGAAUGAGAUGGAGCUCAAUGGAUUUUCUCCUAGCAUUGUGACUUACAACUCCUUGAUCUCUGCAUAUGCGAGGGAUGGCAUGCUGGAUGAGGCAAUGGAGCUUAAGAAUCAGAUGGCGGCAAAGGGAACGAAACCUGAUGUUUUCACUUACACAACACUUUUGUCGGGGUUUGAGAGGGCUGGGAAGGUCGAAUCUGCUAUGAAUAUUUUUGAAGAGAUGAGAAAUGCUGGGUGCAAACCAAAUAUUUGUACUUUUAAUGCCUUUAUAAAGAUGUAUGGUAACAGGGGAAAGUUUGCUGAUAUGAUGAAGAUAUUUGAUGAGAUCAACGUGUGUGGUCUCUCCCCCGACAUUGUCACUUGGAAUACACUAUUAGCAGUCUUUGGCCAAAAUGGGAUGGAUUCAGAAGUAUCAGGUGUAUUCAAGGAAAUGAAGAGAGCUGGUUUCGUACCUGAAAGGGAAACUUUCAACACCCUAAUCAGUGCGUAUAGCCGCUGUGGUUCGUUUGAACAAGCUAUGACUGUUUACAGGCGAAUGCUUGAUGCUGGGGUCACUCCUGACCUUUCCACCUAUAACACUGUGUUGGCAGCUUUGGCCCGUGGAGGAAUGUGGGAACAAUCUGAGAAAGUUCUUGCAGAGAUGGAGGAUGAUCGGUGCAAACCAAAUGAAUUAACUUACUGCUCUCUACUUCAUGCAUAUGCAAAUGGCAAGGAGAUAGGUCUGAUGCAUUCUCUAGCAGAAGAGGUUUAUUCUGGAGUUAUCGAGCCUCGAGCUGUACUUUUGAAGACCCUUGUCUUGGUUUGUAGUAAGUGUGAUCUUUUGCCAGAGGCUGAACGCGCAUUCUCUCAGCUGAAAGAAAGAGGGUUUUCACCAGACAUUACCACAUUAAAUUCCAUGGUCUCCAUAUAUGGAAGAAGGCAGAUGGUGGGAAAGGCGAACGAAGUCUUGGACUACAUGAAAGAAAGGGGUUUCACACCAAGCAUGGCGACCUACAAUAGCCUCAUGUAUAUGCAUAGUCGGUCUGCGGAUUUCGGGAAAUCAGAGGAGAUCUUGAGGGAAAUACUGGCUAAGGGGAUCAAGCCAGAUAUCAUAUCAUACAACACAGUCAUUUACGCCUAUUGUAGGAAUACUCGGAUGAGGGAUGCAUCUAGAAUAUUCUCAGAGAUGAGGGAUUCAGGGAUUGUCCCUGAUGUUAUCACCUACAAUACGUUUAUUGGUUCUUAUGCGGCUGACUCAAUGUUUGAGGAGGCCAUCGGCGUCGUGAGGUACAUGAUCAAGCAUGGUUGUAGACCAAACCAGAACACCUACAACUCCAUUGUAGAUGGAUACUGCAAGCUAAACAGGAAAGAUGAGGCUAAACUGUUUGUCGAAGAUCUUAGGAAUCUUGAUCCACAUGCUCCCAAAGGCGAGGAUCUCAGGUUGCUGGAACGGAUAGUGAAGAAGUGGCCAUAGAUAAUUGUUGAUGAGAAACCUCACAGUGAACUUGUCAAACCCUGACUUCAAAUCUGCUUCUGAACACUUUGUUGCUGCAGAGGAAGGUUCUGAACACUUAAGCUUGUAGCUGUUAGUGCAGGAUCCGUGGUGAAGAACUCAACAAGUAAUAUAUCUUCUUGGUGACUCAUAGUAAGAAUUGUCUCUGCAUAAGAGCUAAAUGUUCCUCAGUUCUCACUUUAGUUACCGUUUCGCAUGAUCUUAAACUUAA